AACCACGCCUCUUUGACUUUCAGCCUCUCUGAUUGGUCAUCAGUGAGGAAGCGGGUAAUGGCGGCGUAAACAACGCAAAGAUCGGUGCAAAAUGCUGCUUAGUCGAACCGCUGUUGAAAAUAAAACGUAAGAGUUGAGCUAUAACUAAACGGAAUAUGUUUUCGGUACCAGGAGGAUUCUUGCUAUUAAAACCCCACUGAUUCAGUUCUUGGAGGUGUUUAACCGCUAGUUCCGACUAACUUUUAGCUAACUUAAAAGAAAGUAGUAACUGUUACGUUAUCUAACGCUAACGUUAGUUUACUGAGAUGGACUGCGUCGUGACGGGAGGAAACGUGAAAGGUAGAAACAUUUCCUGCCUUUUCAAACCUGUCUUUAACUACACAAUAAGUACACAAUAACAGUGAGCUAUUAAUGAUGUUGUACAUGUGUGUGUGUAUGUACCGUCCAGUGCUGGCCAAAGCCAUCCAUUCUCUGUCCAGGAUCGGUGAUGAGCUCUACGUGGAGCCUCAGGAAGAUGGGCUGGCCCUGCGGUCUGUGAACUCCUCUCGGUCGGCAUAUGCUUGUUUCCUGUUCGCACCACUGUUCUUCAGCAGGUACACCCUCCCCAGUGGGCACACCUUCCGCUGCAAGAUUGCAAUAAAGAGUGUGCAGGCCGUAUUCAGAUCUGUAGCGACUCUGGAGAAGACGGUGGAAAAGUGUCACAUCGAGCUGGACGAGCAGAAAAACCGCCUCACCUUCACCCUGCACUGCAAACACGGCCUCAUGAAGACACAUAACCUGUCUUUCCAGGACAGUGAAAGCUUACAGGCCGUGUUCGAUAAAGACAGCUAUGCCAAUGUAUUCAGAUCACAUCCCAGGCUGCUGGUGGACACAGUCGUUCACUUCCCUCCGUCUCUGGAAGAAGUGACGGUGUCAGUGAGCGGUGACCGGAUGUGGGUCAGGAACCACGUGGAGGAAGAAGCAGACCGGGCUAAGGCCAUGCUGACAGAGCUGUGUCUGGCUUCAGACGAGUUUGACCAUUUUGCUGUCCAAGCUCACAACAGCGUCACAUUUUGUCUGAAGGAGUUACGGGGUUUGUUAGUGUUUGCAGAGUCUACUGGUCUCCCUAUUUCUAUGUACUUUGAUGAACCGGGCAGCCCUGUCGUGCUUUCAGUAACGGACAGUGUGCUGGAGGGGAACUUUGUGCUGGCCACGCUUUCUGAUGACCCCAACUACCGUAAAAGCAACACUAGACGAGCAUGCACGCCGCCGCCGCCCCCCCCUCCUGAUGACUUCAUGAAUGACGACAUGGACUGCUACCUCAUCGCAAUGGAUACCAGUGUUGCACCAGGUCCCUCUGCCACAGGUCCGCCCACACCCCCGUCAGCUGAUUCUACAUGUUCGAAACGGAGUGCUGCAGCCAAUCACAGGACAAGGCUACACAGUGAGGAGGAGGAGGAGGAAGAUGAAACAGCCGAUUCAGGCAGACCACCUAAUAAGAAGUUCUGUUCCUUGUUCUUUGGAUCGGUGCUUCCCCCGUCCUCUCAGAUGACGAGUCAGGAAGUGUUGGCCAGUGACAGUGAGGAGGACGUACAGUGAAGCAGAGCGACACUUGACUGUUCCAUCAGAUGAACCUUUUCAUUUACACACGUGCCGCCUGCAGACACUUUGAACCCUCAUGUCCCAUCUUUACCAGCCUGUACAGCUGCUGUACGGGAAUUGUUUUUCUUUUUACAUGGGCGAAGAUAUGCAAAGACAGUACAGAAAAGGAUAUUGCAAUGUUUUAUCCGACUAUAAUGUUAAUGGUGGACUUGAAAAUAUGGGAUUAUGUGAAACUGGACAUGAAGCACUUCCUGUUUAUUUUUGUUCAAAGUCUGUUUGUGAUCGAGGUGCAACAAAAAAAACCUCCUCUAAAUAAAAGAAACAUCUUUUUCAAAUUAUGUAAACAUUAUUUAUGAUUUAUUUACAUGUCAAAAGGUUCAAGUAUGACGAAGAUUUAUGAGGAGGGAUCUCCGCACGACAGAAGGAUCAAUGAGACUGAAGCACUCAGUAAAACACAGAUAACACAGAUUUUUUUUUUUUUUGUCAAAAGUAAGAUUGAGCAUAAGAAGAAGAAGAAUAUCUAAGCGUCUGUGAUCCAGUCUUUGCAGGUUGAGUCACAUCACCGCUCCCUUCCUCUCUUUGCACCUGGAAACUCUUCCCCCUCGUCUGUGGUUUCCUCCUCUCUCGUUCUU